AUGUCUCCAAUUUCGUUUUACAUUUCUUUAAGUUUUGCCUUGGCCAUUGCUAUGAUGAUUGAUUUCCCAUAUACCAGUGGAUGUAAAGAUGAUGAAAGAAGUUAUCUGCUCGAUUUCAAAGGGGGCAUAAACGACAUCUUUGGUCGACUAGGCUCAUGGGGCGGAUACAACUGUUGCGAGUGGGAGGGAAUUGUUUGUGAUUACCAAACAAACCAUGUCAUUAAACUUGAUCUCAGAAACCCUUAUCACGAGAUAGAUGAUCGUGGUUAUCAAGUCAACCGUGAGUUAAAAGGGGAGAUUCAUCUAUCUCUGUUUAAUCUGCAACAUCUGCAGCACUUGGAUUUGAGUUGGAAUAACUUCCAAGGCAUAUCAAUACCUCCUCAGUUGGGAAGACUCAAGAGGCUUACUUUUCUUAGCUUGGCUUAUGCUAGAUUUGGCGGAGAAAUCCCUCUAGAGUUGGGAAAUUUGACAGGCUUACAGCAUCUUGAUCUUUCAACAUAUCGGAAUAAUAAAAAAUGGAGACUCAAGAGUUCAAGGUUUGGAGAAUGGAUAAGAAGCCUGAGAAAAUUGGAAUACCUAGCGAUGAAGAAAGUGAACCUUGGAAAUGCAUCUCACAAUUGGGGCGGCUCCCUCUCCACUCUCUCCAAUCUUAGCCAGAUUUACCUAUCGGACUGUGGUCUUUUAGGAAGUAUUCCUCCACUUCUAAACCUCACCCGUUUAUCCCAUCUCCAUCUACGAUAUAACUCAUUUCCAUUCCCAGUACCAGCUUGGUUCCAGAAUGUCUCGUCCAUGGUUUCACUUGAUCUGCAUGUAUGUGGUCUCAUUGGUUCCAUCCCUUCCAAUUUCCUGUAUGAAGCUUCAAGUCUGAGCAAUCUUCGCCUGGGAGGAAACGGUUUACAGGGAGUAAUUCCUCCUCUAUUUGCUAACUUUUCAAAAAUUCAGAAACUAGAUCUUGGUAGCAAUUUCUUAAAUGGGGAAAUACCCCCAUUUGGCUCUCCAGCGGGGCUGCAGUCUAGUCUUUCAAGUAUUGAUCUUUCCUUUAAUCAUUUGAAGGGUAGAAUACCAUACUCUCUUGGUAGGCUUUCCUCUCUCGAAUAUCUGGAUCUCAUGAAAAACCAGCUAAAUGGUGAUAUCCCCACCACUUUGGGUCAGCUCUCUGUAUUAAGUUGCCUUAAAUUAGAUUAUAAUCAGUUGUCUGGAGCAAUACUGAAUUCAUUUUCAGAGCUUGCUAGAUUGAAAGUGCUGUCACUUUCUUCCAACAAUUUAACAGGCGGUGUUUCCAUUUCGAUGUUCCAGAAUUUGAGUCAACUUAGUAUACUCAUGUUAUCUAAUAAUCAGCUGACAAUCGACAUUCCUUCAAGUUGGGCUCCACAGUUUCUUCAUCUCAAGCACCUGGGAUUGAGCUCUUGUAAUAUUGAAGGCAAUUUUCCAGCAUCUCUCUCUACUCAAUAUUCACUUGAAGACUUGGACCUGUCAGAUAACAGAAUUCGGGGUGAUGUUCCUACUUGGCUGCGGGAUCUUACCAAUCUUAAGAUGCUGAAUCUUUCAAAUAACCAACUGGGAGGCUUUCUGCCCCAACUCAAUUACAGUAAUUUUGAUUUUGUGGACUUGCAUAAUAAUAGCUUUCAAGGCCCCAUUUCAGCUCUUUCAUUUUAUGGAUUCAUAUUGGAUUUGUCACAUAACAUGUUCAAUGGCUCUCUUCCUACUACACUGAUUCCAUGGUACACUCUGUCCUUGUCAGCGAAUAAUCUGAUUGGAGGUAUUCCAGAUUUAAUAUGUACACCUGGAAAUGGAUUGAAGAUUUUGGAUUUGUCGGACAACAGGCUAACGGGUUCGAUUUCUGCACAUUUGGGGAGAUGUUCGUAUCUUAAAUUCUUAAAUUUGGCUCGAAAUAAUUUCAAUGGUGAGAUGCCAGUGGAGCUGGGAAAUUUGACUCUACUUCAGACAUUAAACCUCAAUGGAAACAAUUUGCAAGGUGUUAUUCCUCCAUCUAUUGCAAAUUGUGCAAAUAUUGAAGUAUUCGACAUAGGAAAUAACAGGUUUCAGGGGAGCAUCCCACUUUGGAUUGGAAUGAUGAGACGUUUACAAAUUCUCAGUUUGACUAAUAAUAAUCUUGCAGGUAGUAUUCCACAGCAGUUGUUUGAGCUACAGAAUCUCCAGGUCUUAGAUUUAUCUCAUAACAAUAUAUCGGGUACUGUCCCUGAAAGUUUAGAAAUGCUGCUUGCUAUGGUAAAUCAAUCGCAGAAUUUUGAAAUGAAAAGUUUUGAGGCAAGUACUGCUAUUUGGACUGAAGUCAAUACAUACAUCUAUAAAGAUAUAUUAAUUAUGGAUCAAAUAACGCUCUGGAUCAAAGGAACGGCACGUCCAUAUCCAAAAAUCUGGAGGGCAUUGAAAGUCAUGGACCUGUCACAUAACAAGCUCCAGGGUAGCAUUCCUCAGAAAAUGGGACUUCUCCGGGGUCUAGUUGCUCUCAAUCUUUCAAAUAAUAAUAUGAGUGGCUCAAUUCCAGAAUCCAUGGGUCAGAUGGUUAAUCUAGAGUCUCUGGAUCUUUCAGAAAACAGGCUUUCAGGAAAGAUUCCACAGGACCUUGUAAGUCUCACGUUCCUUUCUGUUUUAAAUCUUUCAGACAACAUGUUCUAUGGAUUAAUACCACAGGGGAACCAGUUUUCAAACUUCGAAGCUUCUUCAAUUUUAGGGAACCCUCAACUUCGGGGGCCUCCCCUUGAAAAUAGAACACAGACCUCUGGGUUUGGAGAAAGAGGCAACCAGGUAGAGUUGAAUGGUACAGUUGCUGGAGAUGCAGAUGAAAUGGAUCGAUGGUGGGCAGUUUCAGUGGGAUUAUGUUACGGAGUGGGAUUUGCUACUGUGAUUGCAGUCUUGUGCUUUCACAUAGAAUGGAAGUACAGAUUCUUUGCUUGGCUGGAUGCUCUUGUGGCUUAUCUUUGUGAGCGCUGA